AUGGCGUCCCAGGCCCUCCUGGAGUUGCCCUCUUCCAACCAAAGCCAGCCGACUCUUCCCAAUGACACCUCCUGUGCCGAAACUCCUGAGGCCUGGGACCUGCUAUACAGGGUGCUGCCAGGUUUUGUCAUCACCAUCUGCUUCUUUGGCCUCUUGGGGAACCUUUUAGUCCUAUCCAUUUUUCUCCUGCCCCGGCGGCGCCUGAAUGUGGCUGAAAUCUACCUGGCUAACUUGGCAGCUUCUGAUCUGGUGUUUGUCCUGGGCCUGCCCUUCUGGGCAGAAAACAUUGGGAACAGGUUUGAUUGGCCCUUUGGAGCUGACCUCUGCCGCGUGGUCAGUGGGGUCAUCAAGGCCAAUUUGUUCAUCAGCAUCUUCCUGGUGGUGGCCAUCAGCCAAGACCGCUACAGGGUGCUGGUGCACCCCAUGGCCAGCAGGGGGUGCCGGCGGCGGAGGCAGGCCCAAGCCACCUGUGUGCUCAUCUGGGUGGCAGGGGCCCUCUUGAGUGUCCCCACAUUCCUGCUGCGCUCCGUCAAAGUUGUCCCGGAUCUGAACAUCUCUGCCUGCAUCUUGUGGUUCCCCCAUGAGGCCUGGCACUUCGCAAGGAUCGUGGAGUUGAAUGUGCUGUGCUUCCUCCUCCCUCUGGCAGCCAUCCUCUUCUUUAACUACCACAUCCUGGCCUCCGUGAGAAGGCGAGAGGAGGCCAGCAGGGCCAGAUGUGGAGGCCCCAAGGGUGGCAAGACUGCCGCGCUGAUCCUCACGCUGGUGGCCGCCUUCCUGGUCUGUUGGGCGCCCUACCACUUCUUCGCCUUCCUUGACUUCCUAGUUCAGGUGAGAGCCAUCCAAGACUGCUUCUGGAAGGAGGUCACCGACCUGGGCCUGCAGCUGGCCAAUUUCUUUGCUUUCAUCAACAGCUGCCUGAACCCAGUGAUUUAUGUCUUUGUGGGCCGGCUCUUCAGGACCAAGAUCUGGGAAGUUUAUAAACAGUGUUCGAGAAGUCCCACACCCGUGUCCUCAUCCCACAGGAAAGAACCCAUGCAGCUGUUCUGGAGGACUUGAAGCCACAAUGAGCCAAGAAGCUUG